AUGAAUUUCUCAUAACCGAGCUAGCUUAAUGAAUCAGUAGCUUUAGAUUGUUUGUUUUUUAAUGCAUCUUCGUUGCCUCACUAAAAUUUAAUUACAGGAUAUAAUAAUGAAAAAUCUAAUUUAUUUAACAACACACUAAAUUAUGAUCUAGAUUAAUCAAAAAUGAGCUAAUGUUUAAAUUAAUAAUAUUUAUUUUCCCCAUUAAAAGCUUAGGUUUGUUAAAAAGAAUAUUCCAAUUUUAAAAAAGCUGAUUUGAAUUACAAUUAUUAACUUUUAAACGCUCUCAAAAAAGGUAAAAAUUUAGCAGUUGGAGACAUAAUUUCUAUCAUUUCUGAUAUAUAAAACUACUAGUAACCAAAGUAUUUCAAAGCUUAUAAUAGCGAAUAAAUAAUUGAAAGUUCCAAGGAUUCAUUUGAAAAAGAAUCUAAUGACGAGGAUAAUAAUGCAUAAAAUAGUUAAUCUGAUUUACAGUUUAAGAUUGUUAGUAAUGUCUUGAAAAUCAACAUGAAGGAUGAAAAAAAUAAUAUGGUAUAAGUGUAUUUUAGAGUUUAUUAUUGUAAUGAAUUAGAAAAUAAAUAAACCACAUUUCAAUCUCACCAACAAAACUAAAAUAAAGAAUAGAUAUAUAUAAUAAUGGAAAUAACUGAAUCUAGCUAUCUGCCUUCUAAUUUAAUUGAUGUGAAAUAGUUUGAUUAUUUUAAAAAAAAGAUUCUCUCUUCUGUCUCUCAUGAGCUUUAAACACCUUUGAAUUGUAGCAUAUAAUUAUUAGAAAUUUUACAAAAUAGCGAUAUUUUGCAAGAGACCCAAAAAAAAAUGUUUGUAACACCAACAUUAAAUUCAAAUUAGCUGCUAAUGUACAUGAUCAACGAUAUAAUAGAUUUUGCUUAAAUUGCAGAUGGAGAGCUGAAAUUAAAUUUUACACAUUUUAAUAUUGUAGAUACAAUAAGGGAUUGUCUCAGCUACUUUACAAUUUAAGCAGCUUUCAAAAAUAUUACUAUUGAUUUCAAUUUUGAUUAAGAAAUCCCUUUAAUUAUUCAUUCUGAUCCUAUGAGAUUAAAACAAGUAGUUAUUAAUCUUAUAAGUAAUGCAAUAAAAUUUACUAAUAAAGGAUUCAUUUCUGUCAAUUUAGAUCUAGAGGAUGAAAAUUUAAUUAAAAUAUCUAUUUAGGAUACUGGUUGUGGGAUUCCUUCGCAAUUAGGUUCUAAUAUUUUUAAAGGAGUUGAAGAUUAUAAAAACAUAUAAUAGAAAUUUAACACAAAAGGAGCAGGAUUAGGAUUAACGAUCGCAAACAAUAUUGCAAUGGGACUCGGUGAUAAUAGGAAAAUAGAAUAUACUAGCUAAGUUGAUGUUGGAAGUGUGUUUACUUUUUUUGUGUUAAAUAGAUCAAAAAAUAUAAGUGGAUGCAAAAUAAAUCAUGUAAAUAUAUUUAAUAGGAGUUACUAUUAAUGGAUAUCACUAAAAAAAUUAUCUAUGGAUUAUGUAUCAAGAAAGUCCUUAGAAAAUCAAGAAAGCUCUUUAAGAUCUAAAUACUCGUUUAGAUAUUCCUACAAUUAAUCUUUUAAAAAUACUAGUCAAAGAGAAUUCUAAACUUUAUCUAUUGAAGCAAUUAAUUAAAUAGAAAAUUUAAAAAGUUAGAAUUUUGCGAAAAAACAAAAUAUUUCUGCUCUUUAAAUUCUCACUCCUGAAAAUAGAAAUUAAUAAUGUGAAUCACAAUCAGCACUUUGGAAAGAACCAGAAAAAUAAUAUGAAGAAGAAUAUAACUCUUCAAUUAGUUCUUAAUCAAUUUAAAAUAUAAACUUAAAUAAAAAAAGAGACACCAUCGAUACAGGGUUUAAUUCUUAUUAGACAAUUAAACUUUAAUCAAAAAAUUCAUAUUAAGUCUCAGAAUAAGAAGAUAAAUAACCUUCUAUAUAAAGUUAAAUGAAGCAGUAGCAUCUAUAAGCUAAUCAUGAAGAUGAACCUUGCAACAUACCAAGUGACAAUUCUAUUUAGUAUAAAACUCAUAAAAGAAUCAAUUAUAAUUAUUUCAAUGUAGCCCAUAGAAAAAAUAUUAAAUAAAUAUCAACUAGAGGAUAAGAUUAUAUAGAUAUUGAUAAAAAUUAAUAUAUGAUACCAAAAAGAAUAAGAGAUAGUUAACUUGAUAUUUUGUAGUCAGAAAUUUUAAAAGUUAUCUCUGAUUCCUCUCUAAGUGUUUUGUCUCCUAAAAAAAUUCCAAAGAAAAACAAUGACUAAAGACAUAAAAGACUUAGCAUAUAAUCAACGAGUCAACGUAUUUUCUCAUAAGAUUCUGCAUUAGAUAGAAGAUUUUCACUCAGCUAAGAAGAUUUAAAUAAAAAGACCAUUAAAAAAAAUUACUAUUAAACUGAUUUAAGUCCAACAAAUCAAAAUAAAAUAUUUAAACAUGCAAAAAAAAUGUCAACGAUAUCAGAAGAAACAAUAACAAAUUAUACGAAAAAGUUAAUGCAAGAAACUUAAAAUAAUGGAGUAGAUUCUGAUUACAAUAAAAGCAACUAUAUUUAUAAUAACUCUGUCACCGAUAUUAAAAACUGUCAAUGUCCUAAAAUAUUAAUUGUAGAUGAUAAUCCAUUUAAUUUAUUUGCACUUGAGCUUCGUCUUAAAGAAUAUUCAUAUGAAGUAGACAAAGCUAAUAGCGGGAUGGAGGCUAUUGAAAAAGUAAAAAAUAGAUAUAAUAAUUAAAAGAGUUGCUGUAAACAAUAUAAAUUAAUUUUUAUGGAUAUUGAUAUGCCAUAAAAGAAUGGAUAUGAAACAACUCUUGAAAUUUUUGAUUUCUUUAAUUCAAUUAAUGAAAAAUGUUGUCCAAUAUCUGCAUGCACUGCUUAUGUUUAAGAAGAAGAAAAGAAAAAGGCAUUCAAUACUGGGAUGUCCUACUAUUUAACAAAACCUGUUCUCUCAGAAAAAUUAUUAAAAAUAUUAAUUUCUGCAAAUUUAUGA